AUGCCUAUCGCAGGGGUUUCGCUCAGCCCGUCCAAUCUGGCGUGCUUUGCCACGGAGUUCACCAAUGUUGCCACCACCACCGCCACCACCACGGCCACUGCCGAUCCAACUCCUGAAGGCAAGACGCGGAAGCUCCAGGCCCCGUUUGGACCAUUUGGACCAUUCGCUCCAGGAAGGCCAUUUGGUUCAGGGCGGCCAUUUGGUCCAGGGAGGCCGUUUGGUCAGAACGUAGUCGUCAACUCAAAGCCGCACCACCAGAACGUCGUCACUAAGAAUGUCGUCGUCAAGAACGUCGUCACUAAGAAUGUCGUCGUCAAGAACGUCGUUAUCACCCGAAGUUCCAUCAGACAGGGGUCAUCAACUCAAAGAAACAUUGCGACUUCUACGACGACCGAGACUACUGAGACGGUCACGGCAACUACGUCUUCUGCUCCUGUUUUCUCCGACUACACCGAAUACGGGUCCGCCUGCUCGUGCAUUGGUGCCGUCGCCGACAUCACCGAGACAAUCACCGCUGAGAUCGCUGAGACCUCUAUGUCAAUGAUCUCUGCAACAGCUAGCAACACCAUUUCCUUCACUUCUGUGUUUGUUGUGGACAAAACCGUCACCACAACUGAUUACCCGCUCGUGACUGUGUCCAUCACGCCAACCCUCCUCACCAACAGCAGGACUACAACAACCACCACGACCACUGUGUAG